AUGGCCAUCAGGAGCCGGUUACCAUGCGGGUUGCUGCUGCUCGGGGCGAGUCUGCUGUGCCUGCUCCGGAUAGCUGCAGGUGCGAGCCCCCAGUUCUGCACGGCCGGCACUUACACCAUCCAGGUGCAGUACACCAUGACGUACCCCGACACGUCACCCAUCGAGUCAGCCGCCAUCUCCAACUGGUGGCGAUUCACAUCGACGAUCGCCAUGAAAAACAUUGGCACGCGCAACUUGACCAACUGGGCGCUCAAAGUCGGGUUCAACGUUGACGAGUACGUGACCGCCGUCGACGGCGCGAGCUCAACCCCGCUGUACCCCGCCUACGGUGCGAGCAUGACGUUCCUCCCGCCCACGUGGGCGCCCUACCUGCCGACGUCGACGGCCGUGAACGGCGACACCAACAAGUACUACCAGUACAUCACUAUCUCAGGAACUAGGAUUGGGUCAGCGGCAACAACUAGCAUGUUCCCCUCCAGCCUCACCCUUACCGCUUACGGCAUCACCUGCGGAAGCGGAACGCAGAGCGGUUCCUCCUACUGGCUGUGCUGCAACGAGAUCGCCAACCCGCCGACCGGGGCGCCCACCCCGGCCCCCAUCCAGGCGACCAGCUGCAACGGCGUGCUGGCGGAUUAUAUAUACGACGGCGACAAAAGUUUCCCGGGGGGGGGCACGACCACGUAUUCGUUCAAUUCCCGGCUGGUGCUGUCGAACGUGGGCACGCAACACGUGUACAAAUGGGCCGCGUAUUUCAACUUCGUCAACAAUGAGAAUAUUACAAGCGUGGCUAACGCGGCGGCUAGCCCGUCUGUCUUCCCCGUCUCAGGCAACAAUUUGGCCAUUUCCAGCCCCCCUUGGCAGUCCGACUUACCGACGUCGCUCGAAGCGGCGGGUGACACCAACAAGUACGAAAUCCAGGUUCCCCUAACCGGCGCGCGGUUCGGCAAGCCGUCCGGCAUCGGCGUGCUGCCGUCAGCGAUGACGCUCUUCUUCAACGCGCACCCGUGCAUCGCCAAGGGCCAGGCCACCAGCUACCUCGGCGACACCAGGCUCAGGAUGUGCUGUGCGGUGUCGCCGCCCUCGCCCCCUUCUUCCGCCACCCCCGGCAGUUCCGUGAACGGAACCAACGCCACCAGUGUGGCAACCGGCCCGUGCACGGGUGUGGUCAUCGACUACGCGGUGAACACGGUGUCAAUGAUUCCGCCGGUCGCCGAUCCGCAGCCGUUCCGCUUCGAGGCCACGGCGACCAUGCAGAACAUCGGCUCCAAAACGCUCAAGAACUGGCAGCUGCAGAUCGGAUACCAGCUGAAUGAGAUCAUCACCACCGUUAGCGGAGCGGACAUCGACAGCCCCCUGGGACUGCCAGCGCAAGGCAACACGACCCUGUUCAACGCACCCAUCUCGACGCCCAACCUGCCCAACUCGAUCGACGUGGCGGGUGACAUCACGCAGUACAUUCGCAGCGUCAGCAUCGUGGGCACCGAAUUUGGCGCCGCGGAUGAGGGGGACGCACUACCCGCCUCGCUUACCAUAGUGGAUCCGAGCUACCUAUGCCGCCCCGGAACGUACCCCAGCGGAACGACGAACCGCCUCCGUGUGUGUUGCGACGAAAGGACGACGCCACUGGCACCAGCACCCGCUCCCUCCGCCUUGGACCAGCCUCUGGACGCCUUGGGUGUCAUCCAAAUCACGUGGGACGUGAUCACGUCAGAAACGUCGCAAUACACGGCCCAAGUGACCGUCGCCAACAACCAGCGGUACCGGAGCGUUGACAGCUAUCCCAAGGGGCCCGGGUGGGCCUUGUCGUGGAUCUGGACCAUGGGCGAGUUCAUCUGGUCAAUGAAUGGCGCGCAGGCAACCCUGGUCGGCGACUGCGCGCGGUCAUCCAACGCCAAGACGUACGGCGACUCGAUCAACCUGGCGCACAGCUGCGUGACCGCCCCCACCAUCGUGGACCUGCCGCCCGACCAAAUCUACGCCGCCGGGGUGGCCAACUGCUGCAAGAACGGGAGCUUGUCGGCGCUGGCGAUUGACAAGACGAAGAACACGGCCAUGUUCACCAUGAAAGUGGGCAAGAACCUGGCCAACUUCGACCGCCUCUCGGUGGUCGCCCCCCACAACUUCACCAUCAACCAGCCGGGGUACAUCUGCACGCGCGCGAAGAUCAUUACGCCGACGGUCUUCCAGAUCAACUCGCAGCGCUCCGGGCAGGCCUUCCUGACGUGGUCGAUCCAGUGCUACCAGGCCCCCACUUACGUCCCUCCAGUGUCGUGCUGCGUCUCCUUCUCAGCUUUCUUCAACAAGACGCUGGCGCCCUGCGCGACGUGCGCGUGCGGCUGCAACGCGAGCACGCUCGCGGCGGGCACGUGCGAUCCGACGGCCAUCGUUUCUCCCGAGCCGGUCUCCUCCAACCCGUACAUCCUGGCCGUUGAUCCGACAGACGCCGUCAACUCGCUCCUGGCGGCCACCAACACUAGCGUCAUCAAUACGCUGCCGGUCCUUCCCGCGUGCAGCGACGGCUGCCCGGUCAACUUCCACUGGCACAUCCAGCAAGACUUUCUCGGCGGCUGGUCAGCGAAGAUGGUUAUGCUUAACCGCGGGUCUAGCCCGGUCAAGGACUGGUACGCGGUGGUGCAGCACCCAGGCUUCGCUAACUUCUCGACCGCCUACUCGGUGGAGUUUACGCCGGACCUAGUGUACAACAUGCUCUUCCAGGGCUACCCGAGCUACAACGACUGGCUCCUCGGGGUGGACAAAAAGGGCACCCCGGGCAAUAUCCAGUCGGUGCUGCUCUUUGGCAAGAACCCGGGGUUCGAGCCCCGGACAAUGGGCUUCCCGACGCGCGUGUUGCUCAACGGCUACGAGUGCGCCAUGCCGCAGUUUGCGCCCACGUCCGCGGGGCACCGGCCGUGGGUUAGCGUAACCGUGGCCGUUUUGGCGGGGCUAGCGACGGUGGCUUUGUGUAUAUAG